AAAAUUAUGGCUGUUUCUAAAAUGUUUUUAAAUAAGAUAAGUUUGGAAUUAAUUUUCUUCAUUGUAACAAUAAUAUGUAUUCACUCUGAGGCAGCUGUACCUGUGUUUACAACACCUGGCUCAUCCGGCCGCACCGUUCCCGUGUCGGAAACACUGCCGGCAGGUUCCUCGGUCUACAGAGCCGUUGCCGUUGAUGCCGACGGCGAUAUAUUAGUUUACUCACUGACGUCACAGAUUCCGGCAAGCCCACAGAGAUUUAGCAUCGACUCUAAGACCGGCGUGAUAACUACCCUAUCUACGUUUGACUUUGACGGCCCAGACGCUAUCAGCGAAUACUCUAUCUCUAUACGGGUUACUGAUGGCACAAGUAACAUACAGACGACAUUGGUCAUGCAAAUUGAAGACGAAAACGACAACAGUCCGGUGUUUAGUCAUUACCAAGUCAUCCGACAAAGAACUAAACCAGGAUAUGUUGUUGCUGACAUUAAGGCGAUCGAUGCUGAUUCGGCCAGUAACGGACUUGUGACCUACAAAAUAACAGGCGGAAAUAAAGAGGGCGCUUUUGGAAUAGAUUCAGAAAAUGGCGUCCUGUACACUAUGUAUGAACUUGAUUCUGGUGAUUUAUACAACCUCGUGAUUGAAGCACGUGACUAUGGGGCAACACCGAGAUCAUCAACUAUGACAAUGACCUUGACAUUGGCCGGUCACCUUGACAACGGAACAGAACAAAACAAGAGUCAUAUUUCAGCAUUCAUUAUAAGUUAUGGUCUGUUGCUCAUUAUAUCUAAGUUGAUUUGAUAAAUGAAAACAAGAUAAUAAAAGGGGGGUAUAAAAAUGGUUAUAAAUAUGUGCUAUAUUGCAGCAGCAGAAACAGCAACA